AUGGAUGCUUGCCUAUCCCGGCGCGAGAAGAGCAGAGAUGACGAUGGCCAGGACGUCGAGGACACCGGGCUGACAGCCUGUGAGUGGACGUGCCUUCUGCUUCUUGACGCGCUACUCCUGAUCGGCGGCGCCAUCGCAGCAUCGCUGUGGGGCCCCGUCUUGCUUUUUGGGUGCAAGGGCCUGCUGUGUGCGACAAAGGGUUAUGGGGAGGGCACUUACGAUGCAGCUAUAAGCCAGUCCAAGGCAAAUCCGGUAUGCAUGGCGUGCGUGGACACUACCAUGAUCGCCAUGCCGUCGAAGAAAACAACAGCUUGCAGGCAUGCCUAG